UUUCAAACCGAGACACACUCGCUCUCGAAUUUGUUCAAUCGCGCAAAUUCGCUUUGAAUAAAUUGAUCGGGAAGGAGUAGGAGGUUGAGAAAUGUCGAAGGCAGAUGAACCGGUCGUCGGAGUUCCGUUCUAUGUUGGACAUAAUCCGUACCAAGACGGAACGAUCCCACCAAACGCCGUCUACGGCGAUCCCAAAGGAAUUCCGAUUCAGCAGACCAUUUUCCGCGACACUCCCGCUCCGAUCAACUGCGUCUACUGCGGAGAUACCGGAAUGACGACCGUCAGAUCUAAGCCAAGUUUGGCAGCUGUUGUCGGUUGCAUGAUGCCAAUGAUGCUUGGAGUUUGCUUUCUUUGUCCUUCAAUGGAUUGCCUAUGGCAUAAAUAUCACUACUGCUCUAGCUGCAAGGAAAAGGUUGGGGAUUUUGAGAAAUCAGAUCCAUGUGCUGUGAUGGAUCCUCCUCAUUGGACACAGGAGAGCUUUGCAUUUCCUGCAUGAUAUGAUCUUCUGAUCAUGACUGCUGGUUUCUUGUCUGUUUGUUUUUAACUCGUCUCUCUUUACAUUAAGUGGUAAAGUAAGAUUCCCGGUACAUAUAUUUCUGAAAUGCUGCAAUACAAUGGUUGAUCUCUAUGACACUUAAAUCAUACAGCUGGUUACAUGUUUUUUGCCAAUGUCCACAUACUCGUGUUUCCUUUA